GUUCUGAUCUAAAAACACAACUUUUGUUAAAAUAUCAAAAAGGCGUACAUAUAUUAUGUUAUGCGUAGUUGUUAAAUAGUGAAAACACUGUGAAUUUCAAGUGUCAUGCAGUAGACGUUGCUAAAAUGCGCAAGUAGUGGCAACCAACAACAAUAGGAACAACAACAGCAACAACAAUUGCCAGCGAAGAAAAGGGACAUCGACAUCGAUUUUUUUGCACCCUUUUUCUUUUGGUUGUGCGUGUGUGUGUGCACACACAUAUAUAUAUAUAUUUUGCGUUGGGAAAUUGGCACACAAACAAAGGCAAAACAGGCGCGACAAGUGUUGCACGCCACACAGCACAACAGCUAAGUGCGCUUUGAUCCCAAAGGGAGCACACAGACAGGCAGACAGACCGAGAGAGAGAGACGGACGCUCAAUGAGCGGCGGGGGCGAGGAACAUGAGCAGCAGCAACAGAAGGCGCCGUUGCCAGGCGUCUCAAGCGCCUCAACUUCAUCAGCGGCAGCAGCACUGCAGGGUGGAGGGGAAGCAACAACAGCUGGAGCUGGAACUGGAACUGGAGCAGCAGGAACGGUUGGAGCUGGAACAGCAGGAACUGGCGGUGGCAAUGGGCGUGCUACACCGGAGAUGAAACGUUCUGCGGUGCGUAAUCUGAUACAGCGCUAUUUCCAUCAGCUGCAGUCGGGUUGUGGCAAUGCCCAGUGCAGCAAUGCGAAUUGCGCCUCCAGUGGCAAGGUGGCGCCCAUGACACCCAACGAGGUGGCGGCACGAGCACUCCAGCUCCUCUCACAGGACGCACAAUUGUGCAAUAGUCCGACGCCGUCGCUGGCGCCAGCAGCUAACAGUCCACACCAGGAUGUGGACAUGUUGUCGCCAAAUGAUAGCAGCAGCAGUAGCAGCAGCAGCAGCAGCUCCACCAGCACCAUCACCUCUGCCAGCACCACAACCACAACCAGCACCCAAUCCCAAUCGCAGCCACAGAAAAGGCCGCCAAUGCUCAUCGAUAUGCUGCAAUUGACAACGCCCGCAACAACAACAACAGCAGCUACCGAUGCGGAUACAGUUGCAGUUGCAGAAUCUGAGCCCGAUGCGGAGGCGGAGCCAGAGACAUCAGAGACGCCACCGGCAACAUCGAGUGGCAAUGAUUCGGGUGCUCGCACACCGACCCUGACACCGGCCGAGUUCCUUGACGCUGAUACGCUGGAGGCGUUGUACGAGGAGUGCGUCGCCGCGGAUAGUUACGACCGUCUGCAAUCGGCCAUUUGUCAUGUCUUCUCCAGCGUUGAACGGCUGAGCAAGAGUUUCAGGUGUCGUCCUGGUCAGGAGCGACGACAUCUGCUGGCUAAAUCGACCAAGACGCUGAACAAGGAGCAGCUGCGUCAGCUGGAGGGCGAGCAUGACAAGGAUGAGGACAGCACACAAAGAGUGGAGACGCGAACGGAAACGGAAACGGUUCACGAAUAUCGCAACGAGGAUGCUGAACUAAAUGAAACCGAGAAUACACAUGGCGAUAACGAUAGCGACGACGUUGAAGACGAGGAGGAUGAGGAUGAGCCAAUGGAUCCAUCGCAACACGAGCUAAACGACAAGUUUCUACAUAGGGGCAUUAAAAUCGAUUUUCUCGGAUUGCGACGCAUCAAGCGUCUGCUCUUUGGAGCACCCUGUCAAGUCAUUUCCGAGAAUCUGACAAAUAGCGUCAUCCAGCUAACGGAGUUAAUUCGCUCGCUCAGCUACAGGCAGGAGACGUGGGAGACAUUCUCCUGGGAGCAGGCCAUCCAUUGCCUUGUCAUCUGCUUCGACAUGGCCACCAACACGACGGCCAACAAUAGCGUUACGGACAUGGAGUAUCUAGAUCGAGUGUUGCCAAGACUGUGCCAUGCGACUGCCACGAUUCCAGUGAAGGCGCAAGCCCGUCUGGCGCUAAUAUGGGGCGAAUAUUGUCCGGAUCAGUUGCAGUCGCUGUUGUCCUCCUGCCAACAGCAGAUAACGCUCCUGGUGCUCCUCAACGAGGAGGGUGUGCGCGAGAAUGCGCAUAUCAUAAGCUUGACCAAAGUGCUGAAGAUUGUGUUCUAUGCCAACAUACUGGCCAGUGUGCUGGAGCGACCCUCGUGCCGGCUGCCACUGCAGGAGGUGGUCGAGAGCGAGGCAGCCGCCGCUGCUGCUGCGGCCGCCAACGAGGAGGGCGAAGAUCUGUUUGCUUAUAGCUCAUUGCAGCAGCCGCAUAUGCCGAAGUUUGCUGAGGAUCCGCUCGAGAAAUUCUUAAAGGUAUCGUUCAUCGAUUGUCGCAGCCCACUUGUGCCGCUCGAGGAGUUCUACAACGAGGCGCUUAGCGAACACAUCCAGAUGCAUCAAGAUUAUCUGUCAUACAAAACGCUGGCCAUGGAGAGCGAACUGGGCUCCAGUCACACCAACUAUUUCUGUUUCAUGCUGUACGCCUUCAUCCUAACGCCUGCCACCAAGGUGGAUGCUUUAUAUUAUGACUGUCGCAUGCGGAUGUAUAGCGAACGUUACUCCUCGCUCUAUUCGAUACUCCAUAACUACGGCCAGGAUGGCCAGGAAGGAGCACGGCCCGAUCUCAAGCUCACAGUGAGACGCGAUCAACUAAUCAACGAUGCACUCAUCGGGCUGGAAUUGGUUGCGAUGAGCAAUCCCAAGGAUCUGAAGAAACAGCUCGUUGUGGAGUUUGUCGGUGAGCAGGGCAUCGAUGAGGGCGGCGUAUCCAAAGAAUUCUUUCAACUGAUCGUUGAGGAGAUUUUCAAUCCAGCCUUUGGCAUGUUUGUGCAGGAGGAGGAGACCAACAAUAUGUGGUUCAAUGCCACUCCCUUUGAGAAUGGCGCACAAUUCACGCUAAUUGGCAUUAUUAUUGGCCUGGCCAUUUACAACAAUGUCAUCCUGGCUGUGAACUUUCCCAUGGUCGUCUAUCGGAAACUGAUGGGCUAUCGUGGCACCUUUUACGAUCUUUCCGAUUGGAGUCCGACGCUGUACAAGAGUUUGAAUGAUAUGCUGGACUACCAGGGUCACGACAUGGAGGAGGUGUUCGAACAGACAUUCAAGAUCAGCUAUAGCAAUGUUUUUGGCGAGCUGGUCGAACACGAACUGGUGCCGCAUGGCAGCGAGGUGCUUGUGGGUCAGCAUAACAAGCGGCUGUUUGUCAAUCUGUACAGCGAUUUUCUGCUCAACGUGAACAUACAGCAGCAGUUUAAUGCCUUUCGUAAAGGUUUCGAAAUGGUUACCGAUGAGUCGCCACUAAAGCUACUCUUCCGACCCGAGGAGAUAGAGAAGCUUGUUUGCGGCAGCCGCGAGUUCGAUUUUGUGGAGCUAGAACACUCGACAGAGUACGAGGGUGGCUACACGGAGGAAACGCAAAUUGUACAGGAUUUCUGGAGCAUUGUGCACGCCAUGCCGCACGAGUCCAAGCGCAAGCUGCUCGAGUUCACGACGGGCUCGGACCGGGUGCCCGUUGGCGGCCUGAAAUGUUUGCGGCUGAUGAUAACGCGCCAUGGACCGGACAGCGAUCGUUUGCCCACUUCGCACACUUGCUUCAAUGUGCUGCUGCUGCCGGAGUACAGCAGCAAGGAGAAACUGGAAGAGCGACUGCUAAAGGCAAUCAACUACUCCAAGGGAUUUGGCAUGCUGUAGUCGCAAAGGAGCUGUCCAAAUUUGUUGAUUUACAUACCUCCAGCAUCGCAACUGAUACCACCUCCGAUACAAGAUGAUGAUGAAGAUGAUGAUAAAUUGAUUAGUUGAAGAGUUUUUCAUUUUGUUUGUUUUUGUAUUUGUCAAUUUAUUUUUGAUACAAUUUGUUCAAAUAAGACAAUAUAGAUGUGUACAUGCUCAAUACAACGCGUUGACAAGCUGGCAAACUAA